AUGUCUAAUAUGAAUUAUCAAUUCCCACCUUCGUCGCCUGUGCUCGAAGAUUACUCCUAUAAUUCUUCAAAAGACCCUUUCACGUCAGCUGUGACAAACAAAUCUAGGGUUGCUGAAGAAGCAACAGAAGCUCGUGUUUCUCGUGAUAACUACCCAACUCCAAAUCCAUCAUCCUCAUUAUUCCGUUCAUCUUCUCCGGCAAGAGAAGCCUAUUCUGACAAUGACAAGGACAUUUUCAAACCAGAACCUAAACCCACUGCAAACAUCAACAAAGAUUUCAAUGUUUUAAAUCCAGAUAAAUCGGUUAUACGUAUUCCAUUGGUGAACACUCACUCUCAUUUUUCCAUUGGUAGAUCAUCACGUAGUUGUGAAUUUGCUCUUACUGCUUCAGAUCCUCGUAUUUCUAGAGUUCAUUUGAAGUUAAGUUCUAGUUCUCAGCAGAUCAUUUUAACGUGUCUUGGGUCAAAUGGUGUUGGUGUCAUUAUCCCUAAACCUUGUUUUGUUUAUGAAACCAAUUCCUCAGAUAAUUUCAUAAUAAUGGAAAAUACUAGUGGUAAACCUUUGGAUGCAGAUUUGCACAACUAUAAGUUAAAUAAAACAAUCAAGUUGGAUGGUCAUCAUACUGAAUUUUUUGUUCGUAAAGGUGAGACUAUUACCAUGCCCAAAUUUGAAAAUAUUUUGUUGCAAAUAUCAAAAGAUAUUAUCUUGUUGAAUCCAAAUGAUAUUGAUGAAGAAUUGACCGACGAGGAGAUGCCAACUUUACUUGAAAACGACAACAGUAACACGACAAACACUACUCCCAUGAACAAAACUGUUAGUCUGGCGCUUCCAAAAACACCAUUAAAAUCAGUAUCAAAAACAAUAAUCAAGGUUGUGGAGAAUGAUAAUGAAGAACCAGACGAAACACCAAGUAAAGGACAACGUUCUGAAAAUAAAACUUUUGUUAUGUUUGAAGAUAAUAAUGUUCCACUGCGUUCUGCAUCUGCUUCACCAAAGCCACCAUCAGUACUAACUGAUAAAACAAAUAUCAAAAGAAAGGCCAUUUCUGAAGAACCACAAAUCAAAAAGAAGAAAAAACAAAUCAAGAGGCAACAAACCCCAGAACUUGACAAUUCAGUAUUGGAAUUACCAAAUUUGGCUGAAAUUCAAAAUAUAUUGAUCAAUCAUUUAGCAUUUUCAAGAUUAAGUUCUACUCCAGCAUCAUUCUUAAAUACCAUUAGUGUUUUAACAUCUAAGUUAUCGUUAGCUCAAAUAAGAGCCAUUUUACAUGAUUUGAAAUGUAUUGGAGUGAUUCAUCGUCAAGGGAAAGAUGCUGCUGGUCAACCAUUACAGGAAGAAUAUUACUACAUGCCUGAAAACGAUGAAGAUAGAGAAAGAACCACUUUGGUUUCGAAUAUCAAAGGUCAUGGUGGAUUAAGAUCCUGUAGAAAAACGCACAAGCAAUACUAUUGGAAAAAACCAGCACCAAUCAAGAAGUAG